AUGCGAUUUUUUACUCUUACUCUGAUUGGAGCGGUCCAUCUCGCCGCGAGCCUGGCAACUUUGCCUACAAUUUGCCAGUCUGAGCCACCGCUGGCUUUAACCGCCGGUGGUCUGGUCUCUGCCGAGAUUGACGGCGCUUUCCACGGCCCUUGCCAGGCCGUCCUGCAAUUUGACAAUACGGAGUUUCUGCCGCUGACUGUUGAAUUUGGGCAAAUUGCAUGUUCCGGACGUCAAAUUGCUGAAUUCAGCUUGCCCUCCGAGGCCCCGGCUGGCGCUGCUUCCAUUCAUUGGCUCUGUGUGGGACAACCCUCGCCAAUGUGUAGCAGUGCAGUGAUUGCAAACAUGCGGAAUAAUGGUAACGCAAGGGCUAUACCUAGAUCCUUGAAAGGUCGCCUGGGAUGUAUUGAGCCUGUCGCCGCCGUGCUAAUAACGACAUUGACGACAACCCUGGGAACUAAGGCUGUAGCCACGACAAUCACAACGGCCGUAGCCAGCUUCGUGACAGGUUUUGCUCCUGGCCCCGUAGCAGGGACUUGGCUAGAUGGAGCCUCAACAACCAACACUUGGCUCCAUAGCAAUGAUGACCGAACUGGCCGUCCUCGCCCAACGGAUGAUGCGCCAAAUCGACGAACAUCAGGAUCCAAUGGUAAUCCUCCCACCAGCGGAACUUGUGAUCCCGCAAGCUGCUUAGCCUUGGUACCCCAGCCAGACACCACCACGAAUCCCACCACCACUAUCGCCGGUGCCGCCCGUAUCACUACAACCACCACCGACGCCAUGACAACAGGGGUGCCCACCACUCAUACCGCAACCUCCAACACCUCACCUGUUCCGGCAACACAAACCUUCUCUUCAACAGCGGCAAGAACUCAGCCGCUAUUGGGGCCAACAUUAGCCGCUACAACAGUCACUGUGAUCCAAACCAUCACACUUGCGUGUGGUACCAGCAAAACAGAGGUCGUAAGUGCUGCCUGA